CGUUACCACCCUAGGAAAAACAAUCGGCCAGGAGAAGCAGGAGAGCAGAAAACGACGGCUACCAAACAUGGCUUUGAAUCGGAAUCAUUCGCAAAAUGGAGGCGUUUUGAUAAACAAUGGAGAAAGUGUUUUAAGGGAAUGUAAGAAUGUGGAGCUGUCAUUCAGCGAUGUCACCGGCAAGACAGACUUGCUUAGGGGGACCAAGAAGGGCACCAUUUACCUCACACCAUACAGGUUGCUGUUUGUGUCCAGUAAUACCAAGGAUUGCUUGGGUUCGGCCAUGUUCCCCUACUAUCUGAUGAAGGGCUGCAGCAUUGAGCAGCCUGUCUUUGCAGCCAACUACAUUAAGGGGACAAUGUCAGCUGAGCCUGGUGGUGGCUGGGAGGGCCAGGCCCAUUUCAAGAUGUCAUUUACCAGCGGAGGAGCCAUAGAGGUGGGGCAGCAUCUCUUCAAACUGGCCACAAAUGCUUCUCGUGCUGCUCCGGCACAAAACGGUGCUGCCUCGUUUGGCUAUCCUUCACCUGGAAUGAUGAACGGCUAUGGCCCACCUCAGCCUGCUCCUCCCAGCUAUCCUUACCCAACCCCUCCCCAGCAGAAUGAAUUCUACCAGGGCCCACUCCCUGCUGCUGGCAACAUGGGCUACCCCCAUCCAACAGCUGCUGCAGGAAUGUACCCAUCUGGUUUUGACUACAUGGCCCCACCUCCCCCCUACCCUGGACCACCCCAAAAUUGGGCUGCAUCCCCCCCGAACUGGGCAGCAACACCACCACCUCCAGGUAACUCCAAGGCGGCAGAAGCAGCAGGCAGUGCGUAUUACAAUCCCAGCAAUCCACACAAUGUCUACAUGCCCAUGGAGCGGCCUCCACCAUAUGCACCUUAUCCAAACUCUCCUGAGAAGAAAAGUAACUGAAGCUCACUCCUCUCUCUUCCUCUGUAUCUUAAACCCAUUCUACAGCAGGGAGUAAUGUUGAUGGAUACCUACUGGAUUGUAGAAUACAGGAAAGAAAAUGCAAGUGAUACAGGGUUCAAGGAUGUCAGUGAUGAUUCACUGAUGAAUUAAUGAUGAUAUUUUACAAAGAGAUCACGUCUUUUGAAUACCGUUUUCCCUUUUAGUUAAGUUCAUUUUAAAUGAUUGACAACUUGUAACUCUAGUUAGACUCAUCAUUAUUGACAUUAUUAGCGAUGAGAUUUCUAUCUGUCUAAUUCUCUAGCACGUAGGUAAGGGCACCAAAGCUGUCCUUUUGUUGAGAGCUGAAAGGAGGAGGCAGUAUGGGGGAAUGUGUUUUUAAGACGGAUUUAUUACCACAACAUUUUAUAGCAAUUUCUUGAUUGCAGUUCCUGUAGUUAUUACCAAUAGCAACUAAGUAUUUUUGCAGUAUCAUUGAAGGUACCGUGUGUGUGUUUCCUAUACAUUUUUGCGUUAAGUUGUACCAUAUACAAAACUAUAACUAUCUUAGUGAAACUGAUACUAUGAAAACAUAGCGAGUUUAAGUUUCCCUAACAUCUGACCAACGUGAUCCCA